AUGGCUGUCCCUUCACAAUACCCUGACAUUCCGAUCCCACCGACAGAUAUAUGGAGCUUUCUGUUCCAGCGCCCCGACCGGCCGUUUCUCAACUCCCAGGUGAUCCUCGCAGACGUGUAUUCCGGUCGCUCGUUCACGUUCCAUGACUUGCAGAGAAGAUCUCUCCAUGUCGGACACAUUCUCCGCCGCAGGUUCGGGUGGCACAAGGGCGACGUGCUCUCACUGGUCUGCGGCAAUUCCAUCGACACGCCCGCCAUCAUCUGGGGCGUCUUGGCCAUUGGAGGCAUCGCCAGCCCGUUAAACCCAAAUCUGCCGGCAGACCAGCUCGCCUUCUACCUGCAAGACUCGGGCGCCAAAGCCGUCGUCACCCAGAAGGCACAAUACCCGGCCGUUCUCCAGGCUUGCCAGAAGGUCGGGCUGGCGACCGACAGGAUCAUUGUGAUCGACGAUCCGACGCAAGCGUCUCUGUUUCAGUGUGCUGCAAGUGCUCUUCCAGAUGCUGCAGCAGUAGCAGCACAUCGACCGCCGGUGGAAGAUCCCCAGAAAGAAGUCGCCGUCUUGGUGUACUCGUCAGGGACGACAGGUCUGCCCAAAGGCGUGAUGCUCUCCCACACCAACAUCGUGAUCAACCUGCUCCAGCUGGCGGCCGUCGACGAUGGAUAUCUGACACACCGGGACAGCGCCCUGGCCUUCCUGCCCUUCUUCCACAUCUACGGCGUCACUUGCCUGAUCAAUUCGGGCCUGUACCUCGGUCUGACCACCUACGUGAUGCCCCGGUUCGAGCUCGAGACCGCCUGCCGGGCAAUCCAAGAUCACCGCAUCACAUACGUCUACACCGUCCCGCCGGUGAUCCUGCAGUUCGUGCAGAACCCGCUCGUCGAGCAAUUCGAUCUGUCUUCCCUCCGGCUGUUCAACUCUGCCGCCGCCCCGCUCUCCGUCGAGCUAAUCCAGGCGCUGUGGGAGAAGCGCCGUAUCAUUGUUCGCCAGCAGUAUGGUAUGAGCGAGUGUUCUCCAUGUCUUCAUUCUCAGGUAUUCCAUCUUUCACCACUUCCCAUAUAUUUCACACUUCCCUAUGACUCUGACCAUCAGACAUGGCAAGAAGGAAGAGACCACCCAGGCAGCGUAGGCCGCCUCGUCGCCAACAUGCAAGCCAAGUACGUGCCCAUCCCAGGCGAGGAAGUGCGAUCCGACGGGAAGAAAGAAGGCGAGCUGUGGGUGAAAGGACCGAACGUGUUCCUGGGCUACCUGAAUAAUCCGCAAGCCACGCACGACUCCUUCUCAGAAGACGGGUACUACAAAACAGGCGACGUCGGGUACGAAGACCACCGAGGCAGCUUCGUGGUCACAGACCGCAUCAAGGAACUGAUCAAAUAUAAUGGGUUCCAGGUUGCCCCUGCCGAACUCGAAAACAUCCUCCUGGGUCACCCUGCCGUUGCCGAUGUCGCUGUCGUGGGUAUCCCGAGCGGACAGGCUGGCUCGGAGCUGCCGCGCGCAUACGUCCAGGUCGCUGGUCCCGGGCUGGAUACCCCGACCACAGCUGCUGGGCUUGUCGCGUUCGUGAAACGCAGGGCUGGCGCCUCGUAUAAAGAAUUGAGGGGGGGGGUCCUGUUCGUGGAUGCCAUUCCGCGCAAUCCGGCGGGGAAGAUCUUACGUAGGGAGUUGAAGAAGAAGUACGCUGUUAGCAAGAUGUAA